UGGUGGUAUUAAAGAGCCUAGACAAUAAAUAUUAUUUAAUUUGGCUCCCUAGUCAUUUAAUCUAUUCUGUGCUCCAGUGUUUAUUAUUCAGAAUUUAUUCUGUGGUAUUAACCACGACUGUCUAUGGUGAAUGAUAAUGAAUGAUAAACAACUUAUCAGUCAUGUUAUCUAUUCUUUGAUUGGAGGGAAAAUACAUAUUAUUAAAUAAUGUAAAUUUCUUAAAUUUUUGACAAUUUUAGAUAGUCGAGAUUAUAUUAUUUGAUUAUUACAUUUUAAUAUUUUAUACAUAAUAUAGUGGUUGACUGGUAUAUGGCAAUGUGUCAUGUGUGUCGUGCGUUAUAUUUUAAUAUGUAAAUUAUUUUUAAGGUCUAAAAUGUGUAACAAUUCUUGUAGUACUUAAUGAUUACAGUUUAAUCAAUAACGUUAAAAUACUUUAAAUCUUUAUUGAAACUAAUACAAUUACGAUAAGUUUUGAAUACAGGAUCCAUGUAUUUAAUUGUCGAAUGAUAGUACAACAAUGUAUCUAUUAUAAUUUAAUUACAUGUUAUUGUCAGUUUGUUCUUGUCAGACAACUCUUAACAUAGAACAUUUUGUAUAUACAAUUUUUUUGUGACACAUUGAAACGCCUCUAGAUGUACAAUUUAACUAAUUGUAUUGUCGGAGUAUUUAGUAAACACUAGUUUAAAUAAUUGAUACAAUUAUAAAAUCUGUUGGAUAGUAUAUUGUUGGGUAAGAGCAGAAGUGAGCUAUUUCAGUUGUGUGCAACACGAUUCACAGGCAAGGGCUGCUUUUCGCUCAAGACUGAAAUUGCUUUCCCGUACAAGGUACACAUUGUACUAAAACAACAUAAGAUAUUUGAAGUUCAAUUUAAAGUAAUUAAAAGUUAAAAUAUAUACAUAUAACAUGUCAAGUUUAACUGACGAACAGCGUAAAAUGAUUGAAGCGAAUAGAAAAGCUGCACAGGCCAAAUUAGCAGCAAAAUUGGCGCUUAAAAGUACACCUCAGCAAUCCAUAAGUAAUAAUAAUCAAUGUACAUUAUCAAAGGCUGGAUUGGUUGUAUCGCCAUCGCCUAAUGGAAAAUCUGUCCGUAUAAAUUAUAAUCAUAGUCUGCAGAAUUCUAAAUCUAAACCUGUUUGUGGUACUUGUGAAAUGACAUCAAAAGAACGGUUUACUGUACAUGUUACCUAUCAUAAACAAUUAAUCGAUACUUUUAAAACAAUAUCAAGUAAAAAUUAUGACCCAAAAACAUCAGAAUGGUCAUUCCUAAUAAAAGACCAUGAUCAGCUUAUGAUAAGUAUUAAACCUCUUGAGCCUAAUGUCAAAAUAGAAAAGUUACCACGUUUUAUUUUAAAAUUGUUUAAGACUAAAGAAGAUAUCGAAACACAUUGGUCAAAAGUUGACAUAAGUAGUAUUGGUGAUGAUAUGAUGGAUAGUCUUUAUCCAUUUCAAAAACUUGGAGUCCAGUUUGGAGUAUCUAAAAAAGGUCGCUGUCUUAUUGCAGAUGAUAUGGGUUUAGGAAAGACCUUACAAGCAAUUGGAAUUGUAAAAUAUUACUCAGAUAAUUUUCCUUUACUCAUUGUUUGUCCUUCAAGUAUGAGGUACACAUGGGAAGAAGAAAUUCGUUUAAAAAUGCCAAAUGUUCCAAUAACUGGGAUUUAUGUAUUAUCUAAGUCAAAUGAACAAUUCAUUGAUCCAGUUGUGGUUAUUACUUCAUAUGAUUUAAUGAGCAGAAAAAAAGAUAUGCUUUUAAAAUUUAAAUUUGGGAUUAUUGUAUUUGAUGAAAGCCACAGUUUAAAAAGUGAAAAAUCAGCCCGGACAAGAGUUGCACUUUCUCUUGCAAUGCAAAGUAAGCAGUGUAUAUUGUUAAGUGGUACUCCUGCUUUGUCAAGACCGAUUGAACUCUAUAGUCAAAUAAAAGCAAUAACACGAAAUAACUUUAUGACUCCGGUCGAAUAUGGUGUUCGUUACUGCAACGGGCGAGAAACAAUUUAUGGUUGGGACUUUUCAGGUGCUACUAAUAUGAAAGAGUUAAAAACUAUUCUAGAAACUCAAUUUAUGAUUCGUCGUUUAAAAAGUGAAGUAUUAAAGCAGUUACCCCAAAAAAUUAGGAAUGUAGUAGUUUUAAAACCAGAAAAUAUCAAAGCUCGGAGUCAAAACAUGGAUGAUUUGGAAACCAUGAUGAACAAUAAGUCUCUCAAUAAAAUGGAAGUUCGUGGUGCUUUAUUAAAAUAUUUUAAUCAUACAGGAGAAGCCAAAUUACCUGCCAUUUGUGAUUAUAUUCUAAAUUUGGUUAAAGAUGGAAAGAAAUUCUUAGUAUUUGCUCAUCAUCAAAAAGUUAUUAAUGGUAUAUGUGAUGUCCUAGAGAACAAUGAAACUUAUUACAUUCGAAUUGAUGGUAAAACAUCAUCAGAAGAAAGAAAAUGUGUAUGUGACCAAUUCCAAAGUGAAGAUAUGUAUAGGGUAGCUGUUCUGUCAAUUUGUGCAGCGAAUUCUGGUAUUACUCUAACAGCUGCAAACCUUGUUAUAUUCGCUGAACUUUACUGGAAUCCUGGUAUAUUAACACAAGCUGAAGACCGAGCACAUCGUAUUGGUCAAGCAGAAACAGUAACCAUACAAUAUCUUUUGGCAAAAGGUACGGCAGAUGAUCAUAUUUGGCCAUUGAUCCAGUUCAAAUUAAGUGUUUUAAACAAAGCUGGUCUUAGUAAGGAUAACUUUAAAGAUGACAGCACCACAGUUAUUAAUUGUUCAACUAAAUCAAAACAAAUGAACAUUCUCGAUUUCUUAAAUGACAAUAAUGAUGAACUAGAUGAGGAUGAUUUGAAAUUUUUGGAUGAAGUUGAAGAAUCACAAUGCAAACGUCCACGCAAAUGUUAAAAUAUUUUUAAUAAAAACAUUUUUUUUUUUAUUAUUAUUAUUAUUAGUUUUUCUAUCAAAGUAAAUAAGGAAAUCAUAUCACCAUAAUAUACUAUUAACAUAUUAUGUUGAAUAUUUAUGUUCAAAAUUAAUGUACUUGCCAAGUGAAUAAAAAUAAUUUUGUUGAAUA